AUGCUCAGGUACCUGUCUGAGGAGGAGGUGCUGGACACCAGGAAUCCGUUUGUGCAGCUGCUGAGCGGGGUGGUGUGGCUGAUCCGAAAUGGAAGCAUCUAUGUCAAUGAGAGCCUGUCCGCUGAAUGCGAUGAGACGCAGGAGACAGGGUCCUUCAACAAGUUUGUGAACGUGAUCUCGGCCAGGACGGCAGUGGGCCACGACCGGGAGGGACAGGUGGUGCUCUUCCACGCCGAUGGCCAGACGGGGCUGCGGGGCAUCAACCUGUGGGAGAUGGCGGAAUUCCUGCUGCAGCAGGGUGUGGUCAACGCCAUCAACCUGGACGGAGGCGGCUCGGCCACCUUCAUCCUCAAUGGGACUUUGGCCAGCUACCCGUCGGAUCACUGCCAGGACAACAACAUGUGGCGCUGUCCCCGCCGAGUGUCCACCGUGGUGUGUGUGCACGAGCCCCACUGCCAGCCACCUGACUGCAACGGCCACGGGCUCUGCACCAGUGCUGGCUGUCACUGCAGUGCUGGGUGGACCGGAUCCAACUGCAGUGAAGGGAAGCAGAACUUCAUGCCCCCAGGAGUCGCCCCUGGGGCGCAAGGACACUGGCUGUUCACAGGGGCCACCGGGUUGGGGCUCACACUGGGCCUGCUGCUCCUGCUGUUGCUGAGCGUGGCUCUGAACGUGGCCCUGCUCCGCCGCCCCAGGGCCCAGCGGGACAGGAACCGGAACCUGGAAGGUGACUAUGCCUACCAACCUCUGUGCGCACUGAACAGUGACCUCCUGCCAACCAGGAGGGGCAGCUGGGAGACGGCCACCAUCCCCCUAAGGACCGGAGACCCCAGCUGCCCCUGAUUCGCUCCUCCUAGAGACUUUGGCCCCUGCGUGCCAAUGGCUGCAAGGGGCCUUCCAGGGCCACCGGUGUGGAUGCGUCCCGGCAGCCUGUGUGCCUCGGUCCUGCACCUGUCCUCCUGCCCGGGGGACAGGUGGCCCCAGCAAUACAGCACUUCCCAAGGACACUGCUGCCUGCCCCCAUAGGGGGGCUGCCCCUGCUGCCCCAGAGGCCAUCCGCCAGGGCUUGCACCCCCUGGCUCACCCUGUGCCAAAGAGCCCCCGGCCUGCUGGGGACGGAGCCAAUGGUGGCAGACCUCCCCAUGACGAAAAUCAUGGCCAAGUGGCAAGUCACAGCUGGCCCUGGUGACCAAUUUCCUGGACUCCUGCAAACCUCAUCACCAGCCAGAACCUGGCUUCCAGUCCAGGCAAGCUCCUCUGAGCAAGGAGUGGGGCCUAGUGAGACCACCAUGUUUACAGAUAUUUCUAUUUUGUCCUGCACCCUGAGGGUUUUCUAUCAUUGGAAUAAAUUACUUUAUCAUUGGAAUAAAUUGCUAUAAUAAAACAGCCA